GUCUAUCGGAUGCCCUGGCCAAAGGUUUGCUAAGUGAUCAACACACAACUGGUGCUAGAAUCUUGGCCCUCAAUAUUACAAAUGGUUCCGUGCAGUCGUAUGUGUGGUGGAUCAAAAAGAAUCAUGACAAAAACGGUGAACUGCAGCGGUUCGAAGAAGAAGGUCUACAAGUUGCCAAGAAGCCCUCAUCUAUGUAUCCAUGGUUCGCCGAUGAAAGCUCUUCCCCAACAUUACGUUCACCGAAAUUUGCACCCAGCCCACCGAAUAUCUACUACAAAGGCUGGUGGACAUAUCCAUAUUUUUCGUGCUCUCUCAGCAAAUGGAUUUUGUCGUAUAGCAUUGCCAUACCACCGAACGGCAGGCAUGGUCUGCGAGGUUUCGUUAGCAUCGACAUCGAUGUCACCGGUUUGCGUGUCAAUCAAUGCGAAGCACCGGUGGCCUAUCGAUUCAAUUAUCAACAGAUACAGACACGGCGUCUUCAUCUGGUCGACACGAGCGCCCAGUCAACAGAAUUUAUAAAUGAUAUUCAAGCGUUUCAUAAGUCGCAUAAAUGUCAUCGUGACACAAUGGUGUGUGAUUAUCGUUUACCCACCUCGGAAUCACCGACAAUAACAACAAGUAAAAUACUGGCAACACCCAACACUUGGUCACGUGGUGCCUAUCAAUGCCUGUGCAAGCGCGGCUACUAUUCGAUACGACAUCCAGAUGGCUUUAAUGGCACCAUUAUGGAAAUUGCUUGGAAAGAACAUCAGGAUAAUAUUAGCAAUUACUAUGCCGAAGUGUUCACUUGUCUGAAGUGUGCACCGGGCUGUGAAUCGUGUACAGGACCCGAACCAUGUUUGGCCGAUUACAAUUGGCCUUUUAGAAUAUCAUUACUAACCAUUUCGGUGGCAUGUGCAAUUGGUUGCUGCAUUUUGGCCGGAUAUCUGUUUCAUCACAGGAAGAUGAAGGUCUUCAAAGUGGCCAGUCCGAUAUUUUUGCUAAUCACCCUGAUUGGAUGUUCAAUUAUGUAUUUGGAG